GUUUCACGAAGUAACGAUUCUAAUCGCGUUUUUUAUCCACAAUCAUUACGUAAAGAAUGCAUAAUUAUUACAGAAUUUUGCCGGGAGUGCCGACUAAAGUAACGGGCGAUUGUUGGAAUGCUAUUAUUUAGCGCGGAUAUUCGCGAUCAACGAUGUUUGCUCGAUCGUUUAGCGAUCGAUGGACUGAAAUAGGUUAUGAUUGCAAAGUCACGGACGACCCAGAGAGAUGCAUUGUCGUAUAAAAUUGCAAAAAGUUUUGGCAAUUUGGAGCAUUUAACAGUGCUGAUCCAUUAACCCCGCGAAGAGAAUCCGCUAACACAAAAAUGCAUCUCUAACUAAUCCACGCGAUUAACUCCGACCGCCGUUAUCGUCAACCGCUAUCGUCCACGGGUCGUAGCCCGGUCGUUCCGGAACGAUCAUGCGAAUCUCCGAAAAUGCGCAGGACCAGCAGCAACGGUCUCAAGCUCGACCUGACGGAGAACACGCCAGGUAGCUCGUUGUCGCGGCUGCCGAAUCUGGUCGAACAUGCGGAGACCUGUCAGGCGCUAUCCGCCGGAACCGGUGAGAAUUUGAGUAGCAAAUUGCCUAACGUGGUCGAGGGCUCGAUGGACUAUGGUAGCGAGCGUAGGUCCUCCCGUUACCUGGAGUACCAAGAGAUCAAAUCGUACCAGGACCCCCAGUCGUCCGCCUCGGCGGUGCCGGCCUACGAGGGGGCCUACCACGAUCAGUCGAGAGGAUAUCGGAACUACGAUCGAAAGGCAGGCGUUGGCUUCGAUCGGGAGAACCUCGAGAGGUUUGACAAUAGAAUAUACCCGGAGGACGCACUGAGGUAUGCCGACCGCCGUGUGGACCAACGGACUUAUCAAGAAUCGGACUUGGACGCGCCUUACGAUCGAACUGACGCGCAAAAACUCAGCAGAGCUUAUCCGGAGCUCCAGGAUCCCACCAGGAGGUACUCGCGCGAUCUGACCGACUACGAGUAUGCGUCACGUUAUGCCGAAGAGACGCUGAAGUUGGAACCCAAGAAGGAUCACCAUCACCAUCAUCAUCAUCCGGGCAAGAUCUACGAGCCGCCGGCUGUCUCCAAGGGCUACGAAUCGGGCGUGAAGACUCACGAUUCCGCUUACGAUCUAGGCACCUGCUCUGGACAGCAAGAACCGCCAGCUAGACAGUAUGAGAGCAAAUACCAUUCGGUCAGCAAGAUGUACGGCACCCUGCCGCGAUAUGAGAGUAGCAAGUCCUACGAGCCGACCUACGAGACCAGGCAACCCUUCGAGCCAAAGUACAACGAGCAAUCGUACGAGAGCGGCGGUAAGAAUUACGAGUCCAAAUACGAGUUGACGAGCUCGAAGAGCUACGAGAGGGGCAAGUACGAAAGCACUUCGUCGUCUAGAUAUCAAGACAAGUCUUACGAUCAGACCUUGAAGAUCGGCGAAUUGGGCUCAUCCUCCUCCGGUGCGUACGUCAGGAAGCAUCAGGAUCAGGAAGACACCGGUGCGGAAAAGAUGAACGGCUAUCGGAAGAACAAUUUUGAGGCCUACGGCGUUUAUUCGGAUCCCGAGGACGAUCACGGCUUUCUGGCGGAUAAAAAGGCGCCUCAGUACACGUACAAGGGCGUCGUGGUGAAUGUUAGCGGCGAGUCUGCGGUGGUCGAUCAGAAACAGUCCAAAGACAACAGGCAAACUGAGGUAAUCAGGAGUCCUUGGUGCAGGCCGACUAUACUACUACUUCUCCUGGUGCUGCUGGUCGUCAUCUUUGUCUUCGUCGCUGGAAUAUUAUUGUACUUCAAUUACAUGUCCUACAAGCCGCGUCAUCCCGUUAUCGAGGGUAAGGAUCUAAAUUUCGCCAGUAAUAACGCGGAGCCCUGCGAGAAAACCUACUGCGCUUACGGCGCUACGUGCGUCGUAUCCGAAGCCGGCAAGGCUCAGUGUCAGUGCCCCGUGAAUUGUCCUUUGACUUCCAAUCCCGUCUGCGGCACCGACGAUGUGACCUACACGAACUACUGUCACCUGCAGGAGGCCAACUGUAAUAAGAGAAUAAACACCAGAGUGAAGAAUCAGGGCGCAUGCCAAAUCAAGGAUCCUUGCACCAAGCUGAACUGCUCGCCAGGCUCGCACUGUGUACGAAGCAGAGACGGCAAGGAGGCGACCUGCGAAUGCCUGGAAUCCUGCCCAAAUUUAGGGGAUCACGAGGGAUCGGGACCUGUCUGCGGCACGGACGGGAUCGACUAUCCGACGCUGUGCGACCUAAAUCGAGCCGCUUGUGCGAAAGGUGCUAACAUCACCGUGGCAUUUCGUGGUAAAUGUGACCCUUGCGGAAGUGUCGAGUGCGCCGAACCGGAAAUCUGUCAACUGGGUGACUCGAGGCAACCAGCUUGUCGUUGCGGAGAGCAGUGCGGCCUCGAAUUUUCGCCGGUGUGCGGCAACGACGGCAAAACAUAUUCGAACGAGUGCAGCCUUCGGCAGGAAGCCUGCCGAUCGAGAUUGCCGCUCAAGAAAAUCUACAACGGCGCCUGCAGCACCGGGCACAAUCCCUGCGAGGCGGCGAAAUGCAACCUCUACGAGCAGUGCGCGAUCAAUCGGCAAGGGAUCGCCAGCUGUGAAUGCGGCCCCGAGUGCGAGCCGGUGAUGAGACCCGUGUGCGCCCGCGGCGGAGCCACCUACACGUCUAUGUGCGAGCUGAAGAGGCAGGCGUGCCUGACGAAGGGCAACAUCGAGGUCGCCUACGUCGGCACGUGCGGCUCCAGGGGGCCCUGCUCCGAGAAGGUGUGUCAAUGGGGCGCAAUUUGCGCGGAGAGCGGCGGCAACGCUGUGUGCCAAUGUCCGACUUGUCCGGCGGAAUUUCAACCCGUGUGCGGCGAUGAUGGCAUCAGCUAUGGCAACGAGUGCAAGCUUCGCCUCGAGGCAUGUCAGCAUCGACGAGAGAUACGCGUUCUGUAUCAAGGACUGUGCAAUGGCUGCGAGAGCAAGAAGUGCGAGUUUUACAGCAAGUGCGAGAGCGACAGCGCCGGGGAAGCCAAGUGCGUGUGUCCGAAAUGCGAGAAUUCCGUGAAAGAACCGGCUGAAGCAAAGGAAGUUUGCGGAUCCAAUAAAGUAACCUAUGAAGAUGAAUGCGCCUUGAAAAGGGCGUCGUGCACCAGCCAAACUCUUAUCAACAUCAGCUAUGUUGGCGACUGCGAGCUGUGCGCGAAGAUGAAAUGCGAGCACGGCGCGCAUUGUGUGGCAGGUGUAUGCGUGUGCCCGGAAGUCUGUCCGGAGAGCAGCGGCGAGCUCGUUUGCGGUAGCGACGCGAAAACUUACCCAUCUGAGUGUGAACUGCAGCGAGCAGCUUGCGGCAGAGAGCCCAAGUUGCCGACGUUGUACGUCACAUUUUACGGAGACUGCAGCGAGCAUUUGGCGUCGUUGACGACCAAGUCGACGCCGGCAGCGACUCGCGUGGCCACCACCAUCGCCGACAUAACCAGCACGCAGGAGCGCGAGGCCUGCAAGGACAUCCACUGCGACUUCGAGGCGACCUGCGAGCUCGGCCCGGACAAGUUUCCCAGGUGCAGCUGCCGAUUCGACUGCGCGUCCAUCUCGCAGGAGAACAUGCGGCCAGUCUGCGGCAGCGAUCUCAGGACCUACUCCUCUCUCUGCGCCAUGAAGAUGGAGGCCUGCCAGCGGCAGCAGGAGCUACGGCUGAGACCCCUCGAUCUUUGCCAAGGCAUGGAAGUCAAACCAUGCAACGGCGAUCCUCCAAUAGUGGACUCCGAGGGCAAAGAGUACGAUUGUGGCAGCGGACCGGAACGCAGAGACUGCCCCAGCAAUACUUAUUGCCACCAGACGACGCGAUUCGCUCGUUGCUGUAAAAAAGUUCAAGGCAUCCAGGUGGUGAAAUGUGCGGACUCGUGGCACGGCUGUUGUCCGGACGGGAAGACCGCCGCGCUCGGCCCGGACGGCGCGGGCUGUCCGAGUUUCUGCAACUGCAAUAGACUCGGCAGCGUAUCCGACACCUGCAACCCGGAAACCGGUCAAUGCGAAUGCAAGCCGGGCGUAGGUGGUCUCAAGUGCGAUAGGUGUAUGCCGGGUUACUGGGGAUUGCCGAAGAUUAGCGAGGGUCAUCCGGGAUGCAUACCAUGCGGUUGCUCGCUAUUCGGCUCCGUCAGGGAGGACUGCGAACAGAUGACAGGACGUUGCGUCUGCAAGCCGGAUAUUCAGGGACAAAAGUGCACUAUCUGCAAUGACCAUAACAAGAUACUCACGCCCACCGGAUGUUACGCAGCCGAUACGAUACCACCGAUACCGACGUCCUGUAACGAGCUGGAAUGCUACUCGGGCGGUCAGUGUUCGGAGAUCGGCGGCGCGCACUGCGUCUGUCCGUCCUCCUGCCCGGCGGACGUAUCGUCCGUGCCGGUGUGCGGCAGCGACGGGCAGACCUACGACAACGAGUGCGAGCUGCGGCUCUACGCGUGCCGCCAUCAGGCCGACGUGGUCACGCAGGCCUUCGGCCAUUGCAGAGACGAUCCCAUGGUUAACACGGACUUCCCCGUUAAGAGAUAUACGGCUGUACAGUACACUCAACCAGCGGCCGCUAUUUCUCCGUUGUCGAAAUCCACGCGUCAUCUCUUGGUACCAGAGCCGGACCCACGGUAUUAUUACACCCAUCGAGAUCAUCAAGAAACCAUCACCAUCGACAGAGAUCAUUUAAAACAUGGAAUAGCUGCAGCUCGGGCAACACCAGCGACGAUUCGAGUGGUCGCAGCUCUCCUGGGUGAUCUUUGCACCGACGACAAGGAUUGCACAAUACUCAAUAGCGAAUGUUCAAACGGCGGAUGUGUCUGUACCGAGGGCUAUGCAGAAACCAGCGACCGACAGGAGUGCUUCGCCAACUAUGUGCCAGUGACGCCGACCGAGGAAUUUCGCGCGUGCCUCUCGUAUCCCUGUCACAUGACUUCGACGUGUAUCGACUUGCCCAGCGCAACUUUCGUCUGUAUCUGCCGGCCGAAUUACACCGGGCUGCUGUGCGACGAGGAGAUCAACAAGCGGGAUUACGAGAUACCCUCCUUUGACGGCAAAAGCUACGUCAGGAUGAACCGGCUGAAAGCGUAUCAUAAAUUCAGCAUCGAGGUUGAAUUCAAAACUUACGCCGACAACGGAAUCAUACUGUACAAUCAGCAGAAGAGCGACGGCACCGGCGACUUUGUUUCGCUGGCCAUUGUCGACGGAUACGUGCAAUUCCGAUAUAACUUGGGAAACGGACCUGUGCUACUCAUGUCGCCGGAAAGGGUGACUAUGAAAACCUUCCAUCGAGUGGCGGCUAAGAGAUAUCACAAGGAUGGAGUCCUGAUCUUCAAUGACGGAGAAGACGUGGCCGGGCAGAGUCAGGGGAUGCUGAAAUCCUUGGAUUUGAAUCAGGACACCUUCAUCGGGAACAUGCCGACCAAUUACACGAAAGUUUACGACAACAUCGGCACGAAUCACGGAUUCCUCGGCUGCAUACGCAAGCUGAAGAUCAAUCGGAUCAACGUGGAUCUCCACGUGGGCCGCGACAAGGACGUGCUCGAGAGCUACCGUGUGAAGGAGUGCGGCGACAAUGCGUGCGCCAAUCUGCCGUGCCAGAACGGCGCGACGUGCCAGCCGAUCUUCGAGGAGGAUCUCUGCAACGGCCGGGACUGCAGGAGAUUACAGAAGCGCGGCAAGAACAGGAACAACAAGGGCGGCAACGGCGGCGUGAACAUCGUCAGAUGCCGCGGCUCCCACUGCACGUCGAUCGACCAGAGGAGAAUGAAGAAGAACGCGAAGAAGCGCUGCGUCAGCGGCAAAUGCGACUACGAUUACGAGCUCGAGUACGAGAACAAUUACGACCACGAGAAUUACGCGGUGGAGAAGUACGAGCCGCCGGAUUACCGGUGCAUAUGUCCGCCGCAGUUCACCGGCAGGAACUGCGAGGAGUCGCUGGACCCGUGCAUCGGGGAGCCCUGCCAGAACGGCGCCACCUGCGACAUCCUGCCGCAGGGCGGAUACGUCUGCAAGUGUCCUCCGGGCAGAACUGGCGAGCACUGCGAAGUCCUGGACGCCGAGCUAACGGAAUUGCUGAUUCCCGAGAUGAACGGCAAUGGAUAUUUGGAGCUGCCUUGCUUGGAGGGCGUCGCGAAAGCGUUCUCCAUCGAGUUGUGGUUCCUCACGCGCGCCAACGACGGUCUUCUGCUUUACAAUGGCCAGCUGAACAACGGCCGGGGUGACUUUAUCAGCCUGAACUUGGUCCACGGCAAACUGGAAUUCAGAUUCAAUCUCGGGAGUGGCAUUGCGAACAUCACAUCGCCGGAUCCGAUUAGCCGGGACGUCUGGCACUGCGUGAGAAUCAGCAGACUCGGCAGAGAGGGAGUUCUUCAACUCGACGACGGAACCGUCGCCAGGGGAUUGUCCGGAAGUCCACUCACGGAAUUGAAUCUGGAAAUGCCGCUUUACGUCGGUGGCGUUAAGCACUGGCGAGAAGUUCAUCGUCUGUCCGGAGCCUGGACCGGAUUGGUAGGCGCCGUGCAGAGACUAAUGGUAAACGGCAAAACAUAUCAGAACCUCGCGCUGAAUAUUACUCAACACAACACGGAGAUUUACGACGGUCUGCCGUGUCCUAGCAACGACAACCCUUGCCACAACGGCGGGGUCUGCCUUCCACUUCUCAAUAGUUAUCUCUGCAAGUGCGCCAGCGGUUACAACGGCCUGCACUGCGAAUUCUUUAUGGGCUACGAUGUAUCCGGCACCGAGAUAUCAGAGCGGCCGGUACGUUUCGAGGGUAACAACUUCCUGCAGUUUAAGCACCGCUACGGAAGGAGGCGCAGGGGACAGCAAUCGAAUAAAUUCGAGCUGCGAUUACGGACGAUACAUCCCGACGGUCUCAUCGCGUGGGUGGGAAGGGGAAAAUUGGAGCACCUCAUUUUGUCCUUGCACGGCGGUCACGUGAUGCUUACUUACAAAAGCAAAACUGAGCAAAUAUCUGUAAAGAGCAGGGAGAAAGUGGACGAUGGAGUUUUCCACCACAUUCGAGCAACUAGAAGACGAAAAGCUUGCACGGUCCAAGUCGACGAGUACGCGCCCGUCAAAGUUUCCACGAACACAACGCUGCUGACGACGAAUGGCAAGCUUUUUGUCGGCGGCAAGCCCGGUCACCGCGGUAUCAAGGGCUGCGUGACGGACUUCAUCAUUGACAAGCGGCGAUUGCAGCUGGCCAGACGAAGAAUAGACUUUUGUCACGACAACGAUGUAUGAUAACGAACUCCACUUCUGACGAUUGUCAAUGCGACGUCGACAUCAAACACUCCCGUCGAUCUGACGACACCGUCAACGACGAGUUAAAUCGCGAUUCGAAUGCAAGCUUUUCGCGCAUGCGCGCGCGCGUCAAACCAUCGCCAACGCAGAUCGACGAUCGCCCAAAAAAACACACCGACAACGAUAAGUGCGAUAAUCGACUUCGACGAUCGUCAAUCCCAUCACCGUUGGAGAUUCAGUGAGUCUUUGCUGUUCCUAACGAAAUAAUAGACUGAACUCACAGUAUAACGAGGAAACGAUGACAAAUACAUAAGAGAAUUAUGUUUCAAUCGAAACCGAGCGACAUGUUGAUUCCUGCCAAAGUUAUACAAAGAUGGACCUCGUUCGUACAAAUCACACUGGACCUUUGAUACAGCGGUUUUGCUAAAUCACCAUAUCUCAUAGUACUAUGUCCCUGAAGGGGGCGGGGGAAUACCCGCAGGAGUGCGAAUGGAAUCGGAGAGACUUCGCACAGAAGUCUGGCAUUGUGUCUGAUGUUUCUUGUAAGACCACCGUCUCAACAGAACCAGAGUUACGUAGGACCAGAACUAACCGGAACGUUCACUCUCUCAAGGAUAACUCGAGAUAUUUUUGGGAAGAGGAGAGCUUAAACUCGCAACAGGACCAGAAUCAGGAAUUACAAUUUUCAGUGUUAAGCGCAAACGUCUUUAAAACGAUGAAGACCAAAAGUAAAUCCAGAAUUAUAACCAGUAAUAGCGUUAUUCGCGCGAUUAAAAGUCUGAAUGACCCCAGAGGACGAGAAAACUUUUACUUUAAAAUACCGUAUUGUCUCCUCGAGGAGAUCACACUGGCAUCAGAACUGUGACUUUAUCACUGCUGCGUGUAAAAGGUGCGGACAUUGCUAGAGUUUUACCGGCGUAUUGUAGGAACCUGGCGAAUACUGCUUUCUUAUAGAGCCAUCCAAUAAAUAAAAAAUAAGGGAUAAAGUACUUAAUCGUAGCGGUAUUCAAUUUCUCACUAUUCGCGAGCCGACCACAAUAUCGAAGUUCAAGUGUAGACGACAGCUGCGGGCGAUCGAUCGUUUCGCGAAUACACGUUAUCGAUCGUCAUUAUCAUCGCGAUACGAAUAGACGAAGGAGCAGCGAGGAGGGAAGGAGUGAACGGCGAGUUAAGUGCUACGUUUUCAUCGAAAGACAAUAAUAUAUUUUUAAGGUGACGAGAUUAAUAUACAUAAAAUAUAUGUAUGAAUUUAUCUGUAUACGUAUAUGGCAGACACACAUCCGCGCGAAUGGCGCAAAUUUAGCAAGAAAAAGAAAAAAAAAAGUCGGGUCGCUUAAAAAAAAAAAACAAGCCCUCGUUAUAGAAUCUAUACUUAUAAGUUGUACUGAAGCACCUUAAUGUUUUACGAUGCCAAGACUGACUAAAAUGGUGGACGAGUGGGGGAAAAACGAUGACAAAAAAAGAAAACGAAAAAAAAAAAGAUAAAUCGGUGUUAUGUUUGAGUGUUCGGUAGAGAGAUUUAAAAAUGACCGUGGAUUUUUCAGAAAUAGAGGAAAUGUAUUUUAAAGGACUUGUUGAUUUAUUGCCAGUAGUAAACGAAACUCACACAACACGUUGUUUUUAGAUAGGGGAGGCUUUUUACAAAAUACGCGCAAGAAAAUAAAUAUAUUAUAUAUAAAUAUAUAUUAUACAUACUUAUAUAUAUAUAUACAGAGGACUCUACAUUCCAUUUGAUGAGCGGAACCGACAUUAAAUUGCGUAGGCACAUAAUUGAUGGCCAGCGUGAGCUCAGUCCAUUAGUGUUCAGAUCUCACAAAUUAACAAAUCUAGAAAAGCAUUAGUAAUAAAAAAGACCCAUAUACUUAUUUAAUUCUCUCAGAAUUACCUU